AUGAACUAUCAGGAAUGCCUCCAUAAGUUUGUUAAUGCGCAUUCGGAUAAUUUUCGGCAGAGCUUUUACGCGGUCGUGGAGAGUUCACAGAUAGAAUGUCUUGAAUGUCCCAUAGAAAAAACGAGCACGGAUAAUUUCCUCAUCAAAAUAUACAUUAACAAUAUUAUACACAACAUCCGGACGUUCCUGCUGACUUGCUUGAGCGGGUCGGUGGGGAAUAUUCUCCACAACACGAACGUAGACAAGCAGGAAGCGUGUUGCUACGUUGCGGCUGACGAAGAGGGGGCUAAGCACGACGCAGGUCAAAUUGGCCAAUCGGAGGAAGGUAAUCCAAAUGGUGAAUACUCCAUCAUGCAGUGCUUCAACAAACAGGAGGAUUUUUUACGCAAGUGCAAGAAAGUUCAUAGCCUUCGAAAGAGUUUGGAAAAUGCCCAUGUAAGAACAGGGGACACUUUCGGCUUUAGGGACGACAUUUUGCGGCACUACAUGUGA